CAACUUGAAAGGUUUUGGGAGAUUGAGGAUAUUGAUUCGAAAUCAUUGAAAACGGCCAAAGAGACAAAAUGCGAGGCCCAUUACGUUGCUCAUACAACUAGAAAUUCAAACGGCCGUUAUAUAGUGCGUCUGCCUUUCCGACAAGACAGUAGAAUUUUCGGUGACUCGCGGUCCCAAGCUCUGCGUCGUCUCAACUCCUUGCAAAAAAGGCUAGAUCAAAAUCAUGAGCUCAAAUGUGAAUAUGAAAGGGUGAUGCAGGAGUACAUUUAUUGUGGCCAUAUGUCUCUAGCGCACGACGAGACUGUAAGUGGUUACUAUAUGCCCCAUCACGCGGUAACUAAGGCGUCAAGCUCCACGACCAAGGUGCACGUUGUGUUUGAUGCGUCUGCAAGGACCAGCAAGGGCCUGUCUCUCAACGACGCAUUAAUGCUUAUGAAGAUUAAUAUUUCUGAAUCGGUGACAUCAAAGAAUUUCGAGAAUCAGCGAUCUCACGAACUUAUUCAUACUUGGAAAAAUUUGAAGCUCUUUGAGCAGCAGCAACAGCAGAACGCGUUACAAAUCAAGCAGCUCUACUUAAUUUGUCAGUUGUUUUAUAGCUGGCAGGAACCACAACUACCGUGGUCAAUUCAAGAAAUUGUAUAUUUGAAGUCUUUACAAAAGCAUCUAUUAUCAGCUAUCAAACCAAUGGAGCCACCGAGAACUUGUUUACUCAAUAGGGGAGAGUGGGGCACUACUGGCUCCCUAAGCUAA